AUGCGUCUCGCCCACCUCCACAUCCCAGACAUAACAUCCUUCACACGAGUCUCCAAUCUCCAACAAACCCUCACCACGCGCCUCCUCGCCCACAAAAAGCUCAUUCCCAAAGACACCCUCCCAAGCACAAACCCCAUCCAACCUCCGGACCCAACCAUCAUAACCUUCACCCCGAAUCCCGUCUACACAACGGGCCGCCGCGACCUCCCUCCUUCCAACACAAGCCCCACAGCACACCUCUCGCUACCCCCGGCGCUCGAGCCGAUCCGCUCGCUCCUCACCUCCGCCAAUGGCGCAGAGUACCAACCCACGCUCCGCGGCGGGCAGACGACCUACCAUGGCCCCGGGCAGAUGGUAGCGUAUACGAUCCUCGACUUGCGGCGAUUGGGACUCACGCCAAGAUGCCAUAUCCGGGUACUGGAGAAUAGUGUUGUGGAUGUGUUGCGCGGGUAUGGGGUCCGUGGGCUGAUUACGGAGGAUCCGGGGGUGUGGGUGCCGCCGGUGAGUGGGGAGGGAGUACCGAAGAAGGUCACGGCGGUGGGGGUGCAUCUGCGGCGGAACAUUAGUAGUUAUGGGAUUGGGUUUAAUGUGACGGAGGAGCCUAUGUGGUGGUUUAAGCAGAUUGUGGCGUGCGGGCUUGAGGGGAGGGAGGCGACAAGUUUGGAAGGGCAGGGGGUGUCUGGGGUUGAGAUUGGGGAGGUUGCGGAGCGGUUUGUGAGUGCGUUUGUGGAGAGGGUGAAUCAGGAUUUUGCUUGUGGUGAAGGUGCGAAAGGGGAGAAGAUUGAGGAUGUGUAUAGGAUUACGGAGGAAGAUGUGCUUGGAGUGGAUUAG